UCAUUUUACAUCAAUACGUUGGGGAGCAAACAUCGACAUCGAAAUUUGGUGGUUAUUCAAUACAACAAAACUGAAAUAGAUAUAUUUUCGGAAAAAAAGAAAAAUUCUUAAAGAAAAUUCACUUAAAAAAUGGAUAACUCCGAUAAUAUGUAUCAGCAAAUCUGUAGUGCCCGCACCGUGCAGUCAGACAAAAAGGGUUUCUUCAAUGAAUUCUAUUUGGAAGUGAAACAAUCAUGUGGCGAAAAAUGGUUGAAAAACUAUUUCGGUAGCCUGAAAUCGAAUGAGGCACGUAUUUUGUCGAUAUUCAGUGAUCGUGAAAUAUGUGAUCCCGUUUUGGGUGUUUUGGAAAAUGUUGUGCCUGUAUUUAAGAUGAAAGAUGCUGUAUUCUCGUCACAACGCCGGCUGCAGGCCGAUAAGUACCAUUUAAUGUGGACAUCGUCACAGAAAAUCGAAGAACUGCAACAUGCCUUGGCAUUGGCCAAUUUGGCUGUGAUGCGUGCCCCCGCCAAAGGUGUUGAUAUGCAAAUAGAUGAAGGCCUCACAUUGGCCUUAGCCCUGAGAUGCCGAGCCCUGAUUUUGACUGCAUUGGGGGAAGGAGAAGCAGCCAUAAAUGAUCUAAAGUUGGCUACAGCCAAUGGUCUGGAAACCAAGAACAGUGUGGAUUAUUAUGUGAAAAUGGCCAAAGCCUAUGCAACAAUGGGUGAAAUCAAGCGCGCUGAAAUAUCUCUUAAAGUUGCCGAAAAUCUUUCGGGUGGGGGAAAUGCUUUAAUCGAUGCCUGUCGCAAGGAACUGCCACACAUUCGUGUUGUGAAAAAGAAGGCGGCCCUACAACCUCCCACCUUGACACAUGGUGAAAAUCAAGAUCUGAAGGGUGCAUCCAGUCUUGUCAAAUUGGCUGAGACCAAAGAGAAGGGCCGCUUCAUUGUCGCCAAUAAUGAGGUGAAAACUGGAGAUGUGGUGCUAAGUGAAGAUCCCGUGGCGGCCUGUCUGCUGCCAGCAUUCUUUGGCAGUCAUUGUCAUCAUUGUUUUGCCAAGCUUUCCGUACCAAUUCCAUGCCAAACUUGUUCCGGUAUGGCAUUUUGCUCAACACAAUGUAUGAACGAGGCCUGUAGCACCUAUCAUCGUUAUGAAUGCCAGUUUAUGGAUCUUUAUAUUGGUUCUGGCAUGUCAAUCUUAUGUUACAUUGCCCUGCGCGUUUUUACCCAGGCCAAAGACAUCGAAAGUGCACUGCAAGUUGCCUCCCAACUCUAUCAGAAUCUCUGUACCCAUGAAGAUUCACGACAAGCCGACGAUUUGUUACAACGCUCCCUAAUGUCUGCUUUUCUGCUGAGGACUCUACAGAAAAGCAAUUAUUUUGGACGACGCAAAACUGAAGGUGUAAAUCCCACAGCCGUCGAAUUGCAAGUAGCCACAGCUUUGCUGGGUUUGUUAGAAGUCCUGCAAUAUAAUGCCCAUGAAAUCUAUCAAACCGUAACAACCGAUAAACAUCUAUUUGAGGGAUCCAAAGUGGUAUACAUUGGUGCUGGUCUAUAUGGUACAGCUGCCUAUUUCAAUCAUGAAUGUUGGCCAUCGGUGGCCCGUUACUUUGUGGGUAAAAAACUUGUCUUGGCUGCAACGAAAUUGCAUCGACCCAAUGAGGUAGUUGCUGAAAAUUAUGGACCAGUAUUUAUAAAGGCCAAUCUGAAGGAGCGGCAAAGAGCAUUGCGGGCCCGCUAUUUAUUCGAUUGUAAUUGCAUGGCCUGCCAGGAGAAUUGGCCAACUAUACAGAAAUUGGAUAAGAAUGUUAGGUUUUGGUGCCCAACUGCAAAUUGCAACAAUGUUUUACAAUUCCCCAAGGAUCUGAGCAAAGAUGUCCGUUGUGUUCGCUGUCGCAAAAAUGUCUCUCUAAAAGAGAGUGUAGCCAGAAUGAUAAAAGUCGAGGAACUGUAUCGUGAAGCUGCCCAUAACAUGCAGGACGAGAAGGUUGAAGAGGCAAUUGCGUUGUUCAAGGAAGGCAUUGAUCAGUUCUUUGAAAUUGCCGUUUUACCGCAUAAGGAUACACUGAUAGCGCAGAAUUCAUUGACCAAGUGCAUGGCAACGUUGGCAAGGCCACAUUAAAAUAUCAGCAUUUCUAUAAACUUUUAUUAUGGACAAAUACAACAUUUUUAAAUUA